AGAUCUUCAAAACCAGGCAACGUGGAGAUUUCUGUUCAGGUGAUUCUCUCUCUCUCACUCUCUAAAAGCAGUGACGUCCCGAAAUGUACCGGACGGCGGUGAAGCGGCUGCUCCUCGGCGUCUCAGCCGGUGGCAAUCGUAGCUCCCGUAUUCGAUAUCCUCCAUUUCAAAGCUUCUCCUCUUCCGUGGACUCUCAAUCAUUCACCAACCAAACCCCUAAUCAACACCCUCAAAACCCUAACUCGUCAGCCUCCGAUUCGCCGUCUUCGUCGUCGUCGUCGUCUUAUUCAGCUUGGUCGGCUUCAUCGACGACGGAAGAAGCACGGCACAACCUCGGACAGAGGCCGAGACCGGAGUACGAAGACGAGCAAGCUCGCGUGCUUCGCGCCUCGCUUUUUCAUGUGCUAAAAUUGGGAUGGACUGAAGCUGCGAUGAUCGCCGGUGCGAGAGACGCUGGUGUCUCACCGGCUAUAGUAGGGUCAUUUCCAAGGAAAGAAGGGGCUCUUGUUGAGUUUUUCAUGGAUGAGUGCUUACAAAGGCUUGUUGAUAGAAUCGACUCCGAACAGGACUUGAAAAGUUUAAUACCUAGUGAGCGCAUUUCCAAGCUUGUUAGAAUUCGCUUGGAAAUGCAGGCUCCCUACAUACCAACAUGGCCUCAAGCUCUUAGUAUCCAGGCACUUCCAACGAAUGUCCCGACGAGUUUUAAGCAGCGAGCAAUGCUUGUUGAUGAAAUCUGGCAUGCUGCUGGUGAUGAGGGCUCUGAUAUUGAUUGGUAUGUGAAGCGUUCUGUCCUUGGAGGAAUAUACUCAACAACCGAGAUCUACAUGCUUACUGAUAAAUCUCCAGAUUUCCGCGAUACAUGGGCUUUCUUGGAUGCUCGCAUCAAAGAUGCCUUUGAUUUGAAGAAAACCAUUCAAGAGGCAAAAUACUUGGCGGAAGCUGUUGGAGCCGGAAUGGGAGGUUCUUUGCAAGGAUUUGUUAAGAGAGUUUUUCAGGGGUGAAUGCUGAGAUAACUUGCAAGCAUCAAUCAAUUUUAUGGUUUCCCAGACCAUGUUAGCUUUCUUUUAGCUGAAUUUACAAAAUUUACGUUCUUGAAUUAUAUUUCGGCCUGUAAAUAACGGGAAUGCGAUCAUAUCUUGGGAAUAGAACGAUGAAAUAAAAUUGGUUCUUUGAAAUAAUGUUCCCGCAAA